AUGGCGAGCUUUUCAGAGGCCAGCAAUCUCAAUGCGUGGAAAGCUCUUCAGGAGCAUUACACUACCACAGGCCGCAAUAUUGCUCUAAAGGACCUCUUCCAGAAGAAUCCCGACCGCUUCCAGAAAUUCUCCUUCUCCUUCAAUAACACCGCGGACAAAUCUGAGAUUCUCUUCGAUUUCUCCAAAAAUCUUGUCACAGAUGAGUCCCUCGCCCUACUGAUAAACCUUGCCAAAGAGGCCGGCGUGGAAAAGCUUCGUGACCAGAUGUUCAAUGGCGAGCCCAUUAAUUUCACGGAGAAUCGGGCAGUGUACCACGUUGCCCUGCGCAAUGUGGCCAACGAACCCAUGCAGGUCAACGGGAAGAGCGUCGUGGAAGAAGUCAAUUCCGUCCUAGACCAUAUGAAAGAGUUCUCUGAGCAGGUGAGAAGCGGCAAAUGGACUGGGUAUACCGGAAAGAGGAUCAAGACCAUCAUCAAUAUUGGGAUUGGGGGGUCGGAUCUAGGUCCUGUCAUGGUAACGGAGGCGUUGAAGCCCUAUGCUGAUCGGGAUCUGACAGUCCAUUUUGUUUCAAACAUUGAUGGCACCCAUGCCGCUGAAGCCUUGAGGAACUCCGACCCAGAGACUACUCUCUUCCUGAUCGCUUCAAAGACAUUCACCACAGCAGAAACAAUCACCAAUGCCAACACCGCCAAGAAUUGGUUCCUGAAAACCGCAAAGGAUCCUGGUCACAUUGCGAAACAUUUCGUGGCACUCUCCACGAACGAAGCGGAAGUCACAAAAUUUGGCAUCGAUAAGAAGAACAUGUUCGGCUUCGAAUCAUGGGUUGGAGGCCGAUAUUCCGUUUGGAGUGCAAUUGGCCUGUCAAUUGCUCUCUACAUCGGUUUCGAUAACUUCCACGAGUUUCUCGCAGGCGCUUAUGCCAUGGAUAAACAUUUCCGGGAAACCCCCCUCGAGAAGAAUAUACCUGUUAUCGGAGGACUGCUGAGUGUCUGGUACAGUGACUUUUUCGGGUCCCAAACCCACCUGGUUUCCCCGUUUGAUCAAUACCUGCAUCGAUUCCCCGCCUACCUUCAACAACUUUCCAUGGAGAGCAAUGGCAAAGCCAUCACCCGCAGCGGAGAUUAUGUCAAAUACACCACGGGGGCCAUCCUAUUUGGCGAACCUGCCACCAACGCGCAACACAGCUUCUACCAGCUCCUUCACCAGGGCACGAAGCUCAUUCCCACAGACUUUAUCCUUGCAGCGCAAUCGCAUAACCCCGUCGAGGGCGGCAAGCACCAGACGAUGCUUGCAUCUAAUUUCCUCGCCCAAGCCGAAGCCCUAAUGGUAGGCAAAACACCCGAAGAGGUCAAGGCAGAAGGCGCCGCGGAGAACCUCGUCCCACACAAGACGUUCCUAGGAAACAGGCCAACGACUUCCAUCCUCGCGCAGAAGAUCACACCUGGUACUCUCGGUGCGCUCAUUGCUUAUUACGAACAUGUCACUUUCACCGAGGGUGCAGUGUGGAACAUCAACUCGUUUGACCAGUGGGGCGUGGAACUUGGGAAGGUUCUGGCAAAAAAUAUUCAGAAGGAGCUGGAGACUCCCGGCGCUGGAGCUAAUCAUGAUGGUUCGACCAGCGGAUUGAUCGCUGCGUACAAGAAGAAGGCCUCGCUUCUGUAG